GAAAGUAUUUUUAGUUUACAUCACUUUAUCUAUUUUUACGGGAGAAUCCUCCACCAAAAUCAUCUCUACUCGUCAGCGAACCAUUGGCUUCCUUGCUUCUCGCUGCUUUAGUACAGUUCAAAGUUUUUAUUUUUAUUUUCCUGAAAAAUGGGAACCCUAUCUAUCCUGCUUCUCUCUUUCUCUUGUGCACUGAGACCACGAAAGCCCUAUCUCUCAAACUCCAUUGUAUGGCCUCGUGCUUCUUCACAUUCGUUCAAAAUGGCAAAAAUUGGCACCAAAAGUGUCGUUUUUGGAGCAAAUUCAAGUGACCCAAAAGAGUCUGUGUUCAUGGAUGAAAAUGGUGUUAUUCAUGACAUGGAUGGCUAUCUCAAUUACCUCUCUCUCGAGUAUGAUUCUGUUUGGGAUACCAAGCCUUUUUGGUGUCAACCAUGGAUGAUAACAUUGACUGGAGUAUCAGCGAUUGCUUGUAGCUGGCUAAUCUUGCGUUCACUCUUAUUUACAAUGAUCAUACUGUUAUUAGUUUGCCCUUGGUGGUACAUAUUUCUGUAUUCUUAUCCCAAGGUAUGA